GCCGCCCGCGCCGCCUCUCCGGCGUCCUCCCCCCGACCUACCUAACCCCCACCUCCCAACGCGCGACCAGCCUCUACAUCCCCAACAUAACGAUCCCGACGGACGCACACCUACAGCCGCUCCCGGACCUCCCCGUCAUCAAGCAGACGAUUGUCGAAGAGAAGACGAGUUUGGAUAUCGAGCGCGAGACGCGCGCUAUCCGCGCUGCGAACCGGAAGAGGCGGACAAGGGGGCUGGAUGGGCGGGUAGCUGCUGGCGAGAUAGGGAGGAUAGGCGGGGAGUACGAGGGGGAUAGGGAUAGGUAUAGGUUAGGAGAGGGAGAAGAAGAGAUGGGGGAUGAAGAGGUAGACGAAGAGGAAGGCGAAGAACCCGGAGAAACGCAAGACGAGAAAUUCCGACGCCUAUUAGCGCAGGUCAUCGACGAAGAGCAAAGGCGGGAGGCUCGGAGGAGGAUAGCUGAACACAUGCAAGAAGAGAAGAAGAAGAAGCGGGACGAGAAGGGCGAGGGCAAGAAGAAGGCGUGUCAGGUUUUGAAAGGCAUGUUUACGCAGGGUAGGUUGUUUGGGUAUGAGUGGAAGCUGGAGAGGGUGAGGGAGGGCGAGAAGCAGUAGGUUGUAUGAAGAAUAAUGGGAUUGUAGUUAUGGUGCUUGAAGACGCUAUCGAAUCUAGUGUUGUAUAUAUGCGAACAAUCUAUCGGCGCUCAAAACAAAGAAUGCACUCG